AUGGGUCGUAUGCACAGUAAAGGUAAGGGUAUCUCAGCAUCUGCUUUGCCAUACAAGAGGACACCACCUAGUUGGCUCAAGAUUUCUGCUCAAGAUGUUGAGGACAACAUCUGCAAGUUUGCAAAGAAGGGUUUGACACCAUCUCAAAUUGGUGUUAUCCUUCGUGAUUCUCAUGGUAUUGCUCAGGUGAAGGCUGUUACUGGAAACCAGAUUUUGAGGAUAUUGAAGGCUCAUGGGCUUGCUCCUGAAAUUCCUGAGGAUCUGUACCACCUCAUUAAGAAAGCAGUUGCUAUUAGGAAGCAUCUAGAGAGGAACAGGAAGGAUAAAGAUUCCAAAUUUAGGUUGAUUUUGGUUGAGAGCAGGAUCCACCGCCUUGCUCGCUAUUAUAAGAAGACCAAGAAGCUUCCACCAGUCUGGAAAUAUGAAUCCACCACCGCCAGCACUCUUAACUUUAUUCAUGAAAUUGUGAGAUGCUUUGACGAGGGAAUGAAGCUUUACAUUUCAGACAAUAGGGUGAUUUUGACUGAGGGUUUUGAUGGCAUCAUACCGGUCAAAAAAGAUUGGUUAGUGAUAAGACCAUCAUGGAAUGGAUGGCGGCGCACUUCGGUGUUUUUCUUAAUUCUGCUCUUCAUCCUUCUUAAUCUUUUCUGUGUUCUAGAAUUGCAUCGGAACCCAGUUGUAGGAGGCCCGCCGAAGAAAAAGAAUACGAAAUUCGAUCAUUUAGUUCUUGGGUCUGCUGCCGGUCAAGGCUUGCCUAAUCGCUUGCAAUGCCAAGGCACGAAAGCGCUGAACAAAACCCAUUUGCCGAGCUCUUCCAAUGCUGGAGAAAGCGUUGCCUUUGUCACUGUUUUUACUGUUUAUAACACUUCAUUAGCUGCUGACUCUAGAUUAUCAAAUUUGUUCACUGUUGGGAAUGCUUCCUACACUAAAACGGAGAGGUCAAUGGCUGUUUUGAAUGUCUUCAUUAACUUCAUCCAGGUGACAAUGCCUAGGAGCAAUAUUGUCAUUCUGACUGAUCCAGCUUCUGAUCUUUCACUGGAUAGAAACAGUGUCACUGUGUAUCCCAUUCAGGGUGAUUAUUCGCAAGAAAAGUUGAUGCUUCAAGGGAUCAGAUCUUACAUUACUUUUCUGGAAAGAAAGCUUGACGAACUUGCUCGGAACCCAGGGCAUAUAAGUCACUACAUCUUCACUGACUCAGAUAUAGCUGUGGUCGAUGACCUUGGCCUCAUGUUUAACAAUCACCAAAACUUUCACCUGGUUCUUACCUUCCGGAACAACAAGGAGCAACCUUUAAAUUCAGGAUUUAUAGCAGUGAGGGGGACUGCUGAUGCUAUUUUGAGGGCGAAGAUUUUCCUUCAAGAAGUACUAAAAGUUUACAGUUCCAAGUUUAUGAAUGCUUCUCGAAUGCUUGGAGAUCAGUUAGCUCUUGCCUGGGUUGUAAAAUCUCACCCUGGAUUUGAUUUAAGGAGAUUUACCAAAGCACAGGCUUUUCUAGAAAAUAUCGGUGGCACUUCAGUGCUAUUUUUACCAUGUGCCACAUAUAAUUGGACACCUCCUGAGGGGGCAGGCCAAUUCCAUGGCAUGUCUUUGGACGUUGUUCAUUUCAAGGGAUCAAGGAAACGCCUAAUGCUGGAGUCUUGGAAUUUUCUCAGUUCCUCUUCUGACAUUUUUGAUUUGUCAUGCCUUAUUUUAUUGAGUGGGAGAACAAAAACUGAAGAUGAAUGCUCUGUUGCAUCAUGUCGGGAUAUUAGUUGGCUUGCUUUGUGGGUACCUAAGAUCUCUGCAAAUGAAAGCUUGAAUCCUAGUGGUACAAGUUCACAAUGUUGGCUGCAAAUGCCACUGGCAGCAUGGAAACUGGGAUUGCAAAGUUGCUGCGGUUUUGAUUUUUCUCCUUUUCACUUAACAGAGGGCUACUUGGCUACCAUAUAG